ACUUUAAAGAUGAUCGCACUGUGUCUGAUAUUUCCACUUCUCGUAGAGAUGGUUCAUGAGGUAGCUGGGACUGAAUCCUCAUCCAUACGUCACGAGAGUGGUCUCAUGUCAGCCAACGUUGGAGACACAGUGGUUUUGCGAUGCUUCAAAGCAGGCGAUGAGGGAAUAAUGUUCUCCUGGUACAAGCAAACUUUUGGAAAUAUUCCUCAGCUCAUCUCAACCAUCUAUAAGUAUGACAGGAAUGCAACAUUUUACCAUGAGUUUAAAGAUAACCCUCGCUUCUCAGUGGAAGGUGUCCAAGGAAAAAAUCACCUAAUGAUAGCAGAUGUGGAACUAUCUGAUUCAGGCACAUACUAUUGUGGAAGUGCUUUUGGAAUCAAGGUGGAGUUUGGACAUGGAGUCACUCUCAUCAUAAAAGAUUCAGGUUCCAAAAAUAUGCCUGUUAUACAUCAGCCUGUGUCUGAGUCAGCCCAGCCAGGAGACUCUGUGACUCUGAACUGUACAAUACACACUGAGACCUGUGCAGGAGAACACAGUGUCUAUUGGUUCAGACAUGGCUCAGGAGAAUCCCAUCCAGGAAUCAUUUACACCCAUGGAGACAGGAGUGGUCAGUGUGAGAUAAGCCCUGAGGCUGGGUCUCAUACACAGAGCUGUGUCUACAACCUCCCCAAGAGGAACCUUAGCCUCUCUGAUGCUGGGACUUACUACUGUGCUGUGGCCUCAUGUGGGAAGAUACUGUUCGGGAACGGUACCAAGCUGGACAUUGAGGGCAAGAGUGUAGACCCUCUUCUCUUUGUAUACUGCCUGGCCGUAGCAUUGGCCUUUGCGUUUAUGUUGAUCAUUCUCCUUACUUGCAUCAUUUACAAGAUGAAGAAGACAACAUGUCUGCAGUGCAGUGAACUGGUCUCUCAGACAAGAGGUCCUACAGUUUCCCGGUCAGAUGCAAGUAGCCAAGAUGUAGACAGUCUCCAUUACAUUGCUCUGCCUCUGAGCAACAAGAAGAACACGUCUAGAAGACAGAGAAACAACAUGGAGGAAGAGACGAUGGUAAUUUACUCUGGAAUUAGACAGUAG